UCACAUAUUAUAAAAUCGUUUAAGAUGUAAUGUAUAUUUGAAAUUGAGUAAUAUUAAAUAAUAAUACAGUCAGACAUGUUAUUAGUAUUGCGCAAAAUCAACGGAGAAGUGAUCAGUCAUGUCAUGUGUAAAGAACAGAAACUUGCCUAAGACCUCCUGAUGUUUGAGUGAUCACAGAUACAUAAAUGUUUCCUAACGGGUCGCUAAUGACGUCUUACUUUUAGCUCUUUUAAUAGACUGUAGGUCACAAUGGAUCACAUGGAGACUGCAAUCAAAACCCAAUUUGAUCCCAAAGAGCACCAGCAUCUGAGGUACAAUCCCCUGCGUGAUUCCUGGGUUCUGGUCUCAGCUCAUCGGAUGAAACGGCCCUGGAAAGGACAGGUAGAGAAGGUGCCAGUGGAAAACGUCCCUCGUCAUGACCCCAACAAUCCCCUUUGUCCCAGGAGCACCAGAGCUAAUGGGGAGGUGAAUCCUGAUUACGACAGCACGUUCCUGUUCGAUAACGAUUUCCCUGCACUACAACCCGAUGCUCCAGAUCCCGGUUCAGGUCAUCAUCCGUUGUUCCAGACCAAAUCUGCAAGAGGUGCUUGUAAGGUCAUGUGCUUCCAUCCAUGGUCUGACGUCACUCUCCCCUUGAUGCAACCUGGAGAGAUCCGCAAAGUGAUUGACAAGUGGGCGGAGCUGAUUCAGGAGCUAGGCUCCACCUAUCCAUGGGUGCAGAUCUUCGAGAAUAAAGGAGCCAUGAUGGGCUGCUCCAACCCUCAUCCUCACUGUCAGGUUUGGGCCAGCAGCUUCCUGCCUAAUGAACCGGCGCUGGCUGAACGCUGUCAGAGGGAAUAUAAACAGCUUCACGGAGAGCCCAUGCUGUUGCAGUACGCUCACAUGGAAGCGCAGGCUCAGGAGCGUGUGGUUGUGCAGAAUGAGCAUUGGAUUGUUGUGGUGCCGUAUUGGGCCACGUGGCCUUUCCAGACUCUGCUGCUUCCACGUCGACAUGUUCUGCGUCUUCCUGAUCUCACGUCCGAGGAGAGAGACAGUCUUGCAUGCGUUAUGAAAAAGCUUCUGACAAAAUACGACAACCUCUUUGAGGUCUCCUUUCCCUACUCGAUGGGCUGGCAUGGAGCACCAACAGGAAGUCAUCUGGAAGAAGACAUGAGCCACUGGCAGCUUCAUGCACACUACUACCCUCCUCUACUUCGCUCGGCCAAUGUCCGCAAGUUCAUGGUGGGAUAUGAAAUGCUGGCUCAGGAGCAGCGGGACCUUACGCCUGAACAGGCUGCUGAGAGAUUACGGGCUCUCUCCGAGGAGCACUACAAUACCAAAGCGAAGGGGCAACAGAUUUGAAAAUGGAUAUAAAAAUUUUGCUGCUCUUACUUCCGAACAAGCUCAAGUGUCGGGUAUAUGCACAAAGGAGACAUGGAUGAUAACGUUAUCUUUGGGCCAAGGUGGUCAUUUGUCUUCCACCAUAUAUUGGGUCCUUGUCCUGUCAUCUGCUGCCUGAACAUGUUCCCCAGGGAGCUUUGCCGCUCCUUCACGUCAUCCUCUCUGGCUAUCCUUCAUCCUGGACCUCUCCGAACUCUACACUUUUCUCAUUAAAAGUGGCACGUUACGGAUGGCUCUCUGCUCCGAGGUGGAGUAUCAAUUCUGAUCGAUCAUUCUGAUUUCCAUGAGAGCGUCGCUGGUGCCAGCACAACACGUCCUGAAACCUUGCAGCAUCUCAUCUAUCUCUUGCACAAUUCAUAGGUCACGGGUCCCAUUACCCAUUGCCUCUGUGCAAUCCAUAAGGAGAUAUGUGUUUAUUAAAAAGUUUGUCCCGGGAUCAAUCCGGUGUGGAUUCUCUUGGCGGUGCGGCAUGCUAAUAAUGACAGGAUCUGUUUUGUUUUUACAGCUUUUAGCGAUAUAUCUAUAACGUUGUACGGUAAGCUUGUGCAUCAUGACUACACCGCAUGUCUGAGGAAGCCUCCUUAUUUCUUCUGCCAGGUGAAUGGCUGAAAGGAAGUCAUGUUAAAACUAUAAUGAAUUCACAAAGGUCCUUAUACUCAUAAGUUGUUCCUGGUUGCAACAUUACAAAUAUAAACUACUGCUAUAGAAAGGAAAUGAUUUACUGUAUAAUCAGACUCUCUGGUGUCACCCAGAUGACAAUUGGCUCCUUGUUGAGUCAUGGUUUCUUACUGUUAUCAUCAGAAGGAGUUGUUCCUUGUCACCAUCACAUUUAGACUUUAGCAUUUUUUUUUAAGACUAGCAUUUUUAUACUGUAAUGCUGAAUAAUUUAUUUUUAUAAUCCUGUAAUGCUGCUUUGGGAAAAUGUUCAUUGUUAAA